AUGAAGACGACCUUCACGUUUUCUUACGUGCCCAAUAGCAGAGGAAGUGUGGCGACUCAUUCCGACACAGCAUACACCUUCAAGCCUACUUCCUUCAGUCUCAGAGUUGAUAAAACAGGGAAGGUCUUCACAACUCAAGAGAUUGCACUUAAGAGCAUUAAAGACGCCAAGGAGUGGAGUGAAGCGCAAGCUAAUACCAGAAUGUCAUCAUCUCCUCAUCCAUCCUCCAUUCGCCCAAACCAACGUUCCCCCUGUCCCCCACCGCCUAUGCAAACCGAAGUCUUAAUAUGCAAAGUGGAUGUGGCUUGGGACAGUAGCUCAAGGAAGUGCGGUAUUGGAAGAAUUUUCAGCGGUAAUGCUGCGGUUAGUCUCCCCAGCAUAUCUGAUUCUCAUAGUCACGUAUCAUCAGCUCUCAUGGCCGAAGCCAUUGCUGUCCACCGAGCGGUUGCUCUUGCGUUUUAUUCAAACGUCCGAUCCCUAGCGGUUCUAUCUGAUUCCUUAUCUCUGAUCAAACUAUUGAAGACGAGAGGGUGCCAACCUGAACUGUUUGGUAUCAUGUUUGAAAUCUAUCACUUUAUGUCCUCUUUUGAUGUCAUUUCUUUUGCUUUCAUUUCUCGCAACUUUAAUUCGGAGGCUGAUUCUGUGGCAAAAUCAGCUCUCGCUCAGUUUGUAAGAAACCUCCUUCAUGGUGGGUAG